GUUUAGGAUGGUUUGGGUAUGGAUGUUAAACCAAAUGCGGCAUUCGGCAUUUGGCAGCUUCGUAGUCAUUGGAUGCCACAAGGUUCACAAAUCUGUCAAUUGUCACACAGAUUGGCACUUGAUCAGAGACUAGAACUAGUUCCAGACAUGUUUUGUUUGGUGUUUUUUCCUGCUUGCGGAAAUUUGGAAGGGGUAACUACAUGCAAUUAGAUGUGCUGGAUUAUUUAGAUGUUCUGUGAACCUUUGUGUUGUUUUGCGUGUCAAACUGGACACUUCCCCUGCGGGUGCCAGGGUCACCUGUCACGGUCUCUCACAGCAAAACUCGGAGUUUUGGCUCAAGAUGCCUAGCGAAGCUUGUGACCCUUGUGGCGAAGGGUGAUGCCAUGGUAUGGAUUCGGCAGACCGGCCCUAGGACGAGGCCGAACGGACUUCCCAGUGCAGUAUGACCUCAGUGGCAGGGUGGAUGUCGUCGUCAAAGGCUCCAGGACGCAGGUGAUCGGUGAUUGCGCCUUCUUUUUGCUCCGGACCACAUGGAGCAAAUUUAUGUUUUGUUUGCUCUCGACGUAUUUGUCAGUGAUUUUCAUCUUUGGAAUGCUCUUCUUCUACGUGCAGGAGGAUGGCAUACUUUGCUUGGUCAAGGACGAACCAUGCACUUUCUGGGACGGACUCAACUUGUCCACCCAUUGUAUGUCUACCAUUGGUUUCGGCACUGUGGUACCCAACACGGCCUUUACCAACGCCUUGGUCAUCGCAGAGUUUUGGAUUGCAGUCCUCAUGGGUGCCACCGCCGGGGGGCUCCUCUUCUCCAGAGUGAGCACUGCUAGCUCCCGCGUGGCGUUCUCGGAUGUGGCGUUGGUCACGGAUGUGCGAGGAACUCCCACGAUCACCUUCCGGAUCGUGAACGAGCGGCCCUUCAGCUGCUUGUUUGACGUCACCUGCCGGGUGAGCGCGCUCGUCAAGGAUCCGAAGGCAGGGAUGAGGAUCUUAGCUCCCUGCAAGCUGGAACGGGCGACGAACAUGAUGUUCCGUGCGGUGUGGAAUUUGUUGCACCGCUUGGAUGAGGAGAGUCCCAUUUGUGGUCUGAACAGUGAGAACUGUCAGGAAAAGUUCUUAGCCUUCGUGGUGCAGCUUGAAGGGACGGAUCAGACCUAUAUGCAGAAGGUUUUUGCCAACAAGUGCUACUACCCUUCUGACUUUCGAUUUGAUGAGACUUUCGAUGAUAUCAUGACCAUGAGCCCAAACAAGAUCACCGUCGACUUAAAAGGACUGAGUAAUACCAGCAAGGUCAAGAGAGCGGAUGAGACAGCAGCUCAGAGUUUCACCUUACUUGCUCAAGAAGCAGCCAAAUUGAAGAAUAAGGAAACUGGGGCAGAUAACCAAGAGGAACAUGAGGACAAGGAUGCACUGGGAGCACAGGAUGAUGAUGAUGAUGAUGAUGAUGAUGAUGAUGAUGAUGAAUCGGACUUCAAUACUUCAAGGAUUUGAACAUGGCAGAGUCGUCUCCUCCUCGCUGCUUCCCAGACCCGCAGAAUGGCAAUGGUUAAAUAUGCAAUGAGUUGGGGACUGACGGCUUCAGCCCCUUGCGCGAAGCGCAUGCCGGCAUUUUCAGUAUUUCAAUUUGUAAUGUGCACAACGGGUUUGCCUGCACCGCACAUAUCCCGGGAAGUUUGUAGCACUUGAGUCAGAAUUCACCAAUGAGGCCAGUGAGUGGGGACAACCUGGGGACUGGCAGUAUUUUUUGAUGUCAGGGAGCUUGGUCAUAGAGAAGUGGAUGUGAUUGCUAGUGUUGCAAAUGUCAGCUUGCAAAUGUCUUGCAGAUUGAGCUCAUCGAUUGGUGUGGA